AUGGCCAACCUCUUCGUCACCACCUUGGUGGCGAUCUGCAUCGCCAGCUUCAGUAUGGUGUUUACUGUGCUGGUCAUGAUGCCAUUUGCUGGCGCGCUCAUCCGUUUGCGCGCAAACUACAAUCCCCGCGCAGUCGGGUUUGACGGGACUGACAACCAUGUCGGACCCCGCCUGACAGGCAUGAUCGAUACGCUCAAGCGCACCAAGCGCCUCGAGGGCUGGUACGGUAUCUACAAGGGCGCGUACGCCAUGUUCGCGUUCAUGCUCGUCAUUACGAUUUCGUCUGUCAUCUUCGUUGGUGGCUCUGCCAAGCGUGGACCCAAGGGCACCUACACCGUGCCGGCCGAGGGCGGUAUCCGCAUGGGCAUCUUCUUCUUGAUCCUCUCGCUCGUGUCGCUGCCCAUGGCCGUCAUCGUGAACCGUUCUGUUAUUACGCCUUACCGCCUGACCAACAACCCUCGCGAAUCACUGCUCGUCCUGCUGUCGCCUCACGAGCUUGCCCGCCCAACGUCGCUGUACACGUCCCCCGGUCUUCUCGUCGCCGUCUUGCUCCGCUCGGCCGCCGUCGUCAUUAUCGCCGGCACCAUGAGGUGGCUCUUCAUGGGCUCGUCCAAGACCCUAGAGGACAUUAGCGCCUGGAAGAUUGUCGUGUGGUACAUCUUCCAGGCUCUCUCGGCAACGUGGCUCACCCCGCUCGAGGUCAUCCAGACCAAGCUCUCGGUCCAGCCCAACAUUGGCGAGGUGUCCAUCGAGGACCCAGACGGAGGUGCCCCCGAGGGCCUCCGCUUCGCCGGUACCGAGGAGGACGUCGUCGGCCUCCGCCCCACCACCGAGCCCUACCUCGGCUUUGUGGAUGCCGUGCGCAAGAUCAUCGACGAGGAGGGCUGGCAGGCGCUCUACCGCGGUUGGAUCUGGACUGCGUUUGGUGCCGUCUUCGCUGCCCACUAG